AUGGCCAGCACCCGGAGGAGCAUCGAGCUGGAGCACUUCGAGGAGCGGGACAAAAGGCCGCGGCCGGGGUCGCGCCGCGGGGCGCCCGGCUCCUCCGGGGGCGGCGGCGGCGGCUCGGGCCCCAGGGGGAACGGGCUGGUGCCCAGCCCCGCGCACAGCGCGCACUGCAGCUUCUACCGCACGCGCACCCUGCAGGCCCUCAGCUCCGAGAAGAAGGCCAAGAAGGCGCGCUUCUACCGCAACGGCGACCGCUACUUCAAGGGCCUGCUCUGCGCCAUCUCCGGGGACCGCUUCCGCUCCUUCGACGCGCUGCUCGUCGAGCUCACCCGCUCGCUGUCCGACAACGUCAACCUGCCCCAGGGCGUCCGCACCAUCUACACCAUCGACGGCAGCCGCAAGGUCACCAGCCUGGACGAGCUGCUGGAAGGCGAGAGUUACGUGUGUGCCUCCAACGAGCCAUUUCGCAAAGUUGACUACACCAAAAACAUCAACCCGAACUGGUCAGUGAACAUCAAGGGCGGCGCCCCCAGAGCCUCGGCGGCGGCCGCCUCCGCGAAGAGCGAGGUGAAGGAGAGUAAAGACUUCAUCAAACCCAAGCUGGUGACUGUCAUCCGAAGUGGGGUGAAGCCCAGGAAGGCCGUGAGGAUCCUUCUGAAUAAAAAGACUGCUCAUUCGUUUGAGCAGGUCUUAACCGACAUCACCGAAGCCAUUAAACUAGACUCAGGCGUGGUCAAGAGGCUGUGUACCCUAGAUGGCAAGCAGGUUACUUGCUUGCAAGAUUUCUUUGGUGACGAUGACGUUUUUAUUGCAUGUGGACCUGAAAAAUUCCGUUACGCCCAAGAUGACUUUGUCCUGGACCACAGCGAAUGCCGCGUCCUCAAGUCCUCUUAUGCUCGAUCCUCAGCUGUUAAAUAUUCUGGAUCCAAAAGUCCUGGGCCCUCUCGCCGCAGCAAAUCUCCGGCUUCAGUUAACGGAACUCCCAGCAGUCAACUCUCCACUCCAAAGUCCACGAAAUCCUCCAGCUCUUCUCCAACGAGCCCAGGAAGCUUCCGGGGAUCCAAGAUUUCGACACAUGGUAGAUCUUCCUCCAAUGUGAAUGGCGGACUUGAACUUGAUCGCUGCAUGAGUCCCGAAGGUGUGAAUGGGAACAGGUGCUCCGAAUCCUCUACUCUUCUGGAGAAAUACAGGAUUGGGAAGGUCAUUGGAGAUGGCAAUUUUGCAGUCGUCAAAGAGUGUGUGGACCGGUCUACUGGAAAAGAGUUUGCACUGAAGAUUAUAGACAAAGCCAAGUGCUGUGGAAAGGAGCACCUGAUUGAGAAUGAGGUGUCCAUCCUGCGCAGAGUGAAGCACCCCAAUAUCAUCAUGCUGGUGGAGGAGAUGGAGACGGCCACCGAGCUCUUCCUGGUGAUGGAAUUGGUCAAGGGUGGAGACCUCUUCGAUGCCAUCACUUCCUCCACCAAGUACACGGAGAGAGACGGCAGCGCCAUGGUGUACAACCUCGCCAACGCCCUCAGGUACCUGCACGGCCUCAGCAUCGUGCACCGGGACAUCAAGCCGGAGAACCUCCUGGUGUGCGAAUACCCGGACGGGACCAAGUCUCUGAAGCUGGGGGACUUCGGGCUGGCCACCGUGGUGGAAGGCCCCCUGUACACGGUGUGCGGCACGCCCACCUACGUGGCCCCGGAAAUCAUCGCCGAAACAGGCUACGGCCUGAAGGUGGACGUGUGGGCGGCGGGCGUGAUCACCUACAUCCUGCUGUGUGGAUUCCCGCCGUUCCGCAGUGAGAGCAAUCUCCAGGAAGACCUGUUCGAGCAGAUUCUGGCGGGAAAGCUGGAGUUCCCCGCGCCGUACUGGGAUCACAUCACCGACUCGGCCAAGGAGCUGAUCGCCCAGAUGCUGCAGGUGGACGUGGGCGCGCGGUGCACGGCGGGGCAGAUCCUGAGCCACCCCUGGGUGUCAGACGACGCCCCGCAGGAGAACAACAUGCAGGCGGAGGUGACGGGUAAACUCCAGCAGCACUUCCACAGCGCGCUCCCCAAGCACGACAGCACCGCCCCCGGGGGUGGCGGUGAUCGUGAACACGGCUCUAGAUAAGGAGGGCCAGAUCUUCUGCAGCAAGCUUGGCCCCGACGGCAGCCGGCCCGCCGCCACCAUCACCACCACCGCCACCACCACCACCGGG